CAAGUAGCCAGCCAGUAAACAUGGCUGGGCUUGGUUUCCGACGUUUGGUAAAACCUCUCGCCAAAGKGAAAGGUCCUGGCCUUUCAGCCCUCCUAUCUGGAUGUAGAGCAGCCUCGGGUUUGUCAAAGGACAAGGUGCCUGGUCCGUACCCGAAGACUCCAGAGGAGAGAGCGGCUGCUGCUAAAAAGUACAAUAUGACGAUUGAGGACUAUGAACCAUAUCCGGAUGAGGGCAAGGGCUAUGGUGACUACCCUAAACUUCCAGACAAGUCUCAACAUGAGAAAGACCCCUGGUACCAGUGGGACCACCCUGACCUGAGGAGGAACUGGGGAGAGCCAAUGCACUGGCAUUUUGACAUGUACAUCAGAAACCGUGUGGAUACGACUCCCAGCCCUGUGCCGUGGUCUAAGAUGUGCACACAUCUGUUUGGUUUCAUUGGGUUCAUGUUGUUGAUGUUCUACCUUGGGGAGCAUUUUCCAAGUUAUCAACCUGUUGCUCCAAAGCAGUUUCCCUACAACAACCUGUACCUGGAGAGAGGGGGAGAUCCUGAUAAACAACCAGAGGAAAUUAAACAUUAUGAAAUCUAAUUCAUAAGAUACUAUUCUGCUUCUGUAUAUAUUUCUGRCAAGAAUAAAGACUUCUGUUAAAUAUUGAAAA